AUGUCUAACCCCGUCGCAGAGAACACCCCCAAGACAUGGAAGGAAAUCGAGGACGACGACGAGCACAUGCCUGAUGCCGAACCAGAAGAUGACAAGAAGACGGAGGGAGAUGGAGAUGGCACCGAUGGCGAGGCUUCCGCCGUUGCUGAGAAUGCCGAGGAGGAAGUCGAGGACGUGCCCGAGGACAAAUCACCUAGCCCUCCGCCCCAACCCGUCAUACGCCGUAAAAGGCUCGGUCGCCCACCCAAGGUCAAACCUCCUGGUUGGGACGAGGGUAUCGAAGUGCCUCGAGAUGAAGCGACCCCACGGCGUCGUGGGCGCGGGGGCUGGCGCGGCCGGGGCGGACGCAAGGGCCAGCCUGCCCCAGUCACGCAGCAGGCCAUCGAAAAGGACGGCCCAGUGUACGAUAUCAUCGAAGACGAGCUCGCUCUCCCGGAGGAUCCCGAGGGCGAGACCAAGGUUGACAAGAUGGGCUAUCUACAAGGGGGCCGCGAGUACCGUUGCCGAACCUUCACCAUCCAGGGCCGUGGCGACCGCCUGUACAUGUUGUCGACGGAGCCGGCUCGCUGCGUGGGAUUCCGAGACUCCUACCUCUUCUUCACCAAGCACCGCCGCCUGUACAAGAGCAUUGUGACCGAUGAUGAGAAGCGCGACAUGAUCGAGCGCGAGCUGAUACCCCACUCUUACAAAGGUCGAUCCAUAGGUGUGGUCACGGCCCGAUCGGUGUACCGCGAAUUUGGCGCCUUGAUCUUGGUUGGUGGUCGCUGGAUCCUCGACGAUUACGACAUUCAGCGCUCAAGAGACGAGGGCCACGCUGAAGGGGCGCUUGCGGACCCCAACGACAAGUAUAACCCCAACGAACCGUACAACAAGAACCAGUAUGUCGCAUGGUUUGGUGCCAGUCAAGUCUACCAUACCAGCGCGCCUAUUGCAACGACUCAGGUGGCAGAGAUGAAGAAGCGCCGCGUUGCUGUCAACGACGUCAACUGGAUGUUUGAGCAUGUUCGAGAAGCUGCGAACUUCAACGCUCAAAUCAACGCAAUCCGCCGGCGCAACAACAAGGGCGUGUACGAUCCGGUCGCGGCUUCGGACCCCGACGAUGUCAACGCCGAGUCCCAAAUCUUCCCACCCCUGAGCCCCAGCAUCCCACGCAACUUCAUGGUCACUGAUACAUACUUCGAGACCCCUCCUUCGGGUAUCGCCGCCGUCACCUACGACAGCGUGCCAAAGGGCUCGGCCAACGGCGACAACGGCUCCGACUUCCUGGCACCGUUCCGCGGCCUGGGCGCUGUCAGCGACGAGAUCAAGGACUGCUUGCCACCCGAGUGUCGUGAGGCUUUUGAGACGGCCGCCGCGCAGGAAAAAAAUUGGCAUGCUAAGUGGGGCGUAGAGGCAAACGCGAAAUCCAGGCGGAACCCUAUCAUUGACAAGGCGAUCGUGCCGUAUAGCGCGCGGUAA